UUCCAUAUGUCAGCCGGCUAUCAGUAGCUACGAUAGAAGACGUCCGAUAGUGUCUGGCGCUCAGACGUGCGGGGUACUGUACGGGUACGGAGUGCCAGUGAUCCGAAUGAGACCCCCUAGGAUAAUCGUGAGAGGACUUUAUCUGGACAGCUGUUUAUUGCUGGUCAUCUCACUCACUCGCUUUAAUCUUGAUCGUCUUUGUAUCAACACUGCAGAAUCGAUGUGCUCCAAGGAUUACAAACCGCUCUUUGACCAUGAUCUCUUCGAUGAUUCGAUUCCCGAGCCUAGUAUACGUAGGGCAAGCGUUCUUCGAUACCUCUCGUGGGCCACGCAUCUCGCGGUAGUAGUUUCGCUCAUUGCUUUGUACUCUGGUGGUUACCGUUUGACCAAGCCAGUCAGCAAAUCCGAACAGGUACCUGACGAUGUCAGCUACAGGAGAUUAUAUUGCAAGUAUGACUGCCUAAGUUGUUGAGCGAGGAUGCUGACCAAGAAAGCCCCAAUAUGGGAAGCAGUCCAGUACCAGAAGAAAGUCUUCUACGCAGGCCAUAAUGGUUCCUCUCCAUACAUG